AUGCUGAAGAUUGUCCAAGGGAGGACAACCCAACUCGGAGAGGAAAGAGGAGAACUGAGACAGUCAUCAGAGAACCGACUAUCGUAUGAUGGUGAUAAAGAGAUGCUUUCUAACCAGCGAAACAAGAACAAGCCCUCAGAAAAAACAACGAGCAACAAUCAAAACAAGAUCCUGGAAGAAGAACACGUUAAUGAAGAGACGCCAGCAGAAUUACUGGACGAAACCUUAAGAUCCACCUGCAAUGAAACCCGAUGA